AUGACGCCAGACAACUACCUCCUCCUGCGCGUGUCCAUCACUGCGCAUCGGGCGCCGAGUCUCCACUGCGCCACGCCGCCGAGAUCCAUCGUCAUCAAUGUAGCGGAUAGAGGUCUGGAGCUUCUCCAUGGCGAUGCCUUCAAGAAGGAGGAGCCCGCCGCGCGGCUGGCGUACGUCCGGACGGAGGAGAAGAAGGACAGCGAGGACGCGGCGACGAUGCCGUUGGAGGGGAUGAAGCCCGGCGGCGGCGUGGCGAUCCAGCAGGGCGGCGACCCGGGCACGGUGCCGUCGGGGAGCGGCGAGCACGCGAAGGAGGAGAGCGGCGAGCACGGCAAGGAGGGGAGCAGCAGCACCAGCAAGGAGGGGGAGAAGUCGGCCAAGAGCUGCCUGACCAAGGAGGAGUGCCACAAGAAGCGGCUGCUGUGCGGCAAGGGCUGCACCCUCUCCGCCCACGCCAAGUGCGCCGCCAAGUGCUCCAAGUCCUGCAUCGCCACCUGCUAG